CAGCACACCACGAAGAACGGCCCAGAUUUGGAGUUUGAAUUCCCGAAGAAGAACGAAGGUGGCCCAAAUUGUGGUCUCUGCAUCCUGUCUGGCCUGUUAAUGCCUUCGGUUUCCGCAUCUCUUUUUGUUCUGCGUCUCCCUCGUAAAGCUCUGCGCAUCCUCACAUUACCAGCCACAGCAGCGCCGCUCCUUCCGGCCGCCGUCUCAGCUGUUGCCGCCGCCGCACGCUGCUCUCUCAUUUUUCGACCAAAGCCCCGCCGCCUCUCCCUCUCACCCUCUUUCGCUCUUCGAGCUAUCAGAGUUUCUUCUCUCUCUUUUCCUUUCUCUCCGAAACAAAGUCGUUCAGAACCUUGCCGUUGUUGAUAUUGCGCCGCCACUGUUCUUAUUUCAGAUCCUCAAGGGGUUCAAACAGCGAUGACUAGGUAGCUGUCUGAUUGUUGCAUAACCACUCCACCGAUUCUUUUAGUGGUACGCUGUUAAUAUGGCAAUCUCAGUGUCGAGAAGACUGUUGCGCUCUAUGGAGUCCUUGUCAACAUUUGGGCAAUGUAAUUCUUUGUGUACUAUGAGUCAGUCAUUUUAUAAUUCCCAUGAAAUUUAUGGUCGUGUUAAUGGGAGUAGCUCUGUGUUUGCGGGCUGUUCUACCCUUUUGAAGGCUGGAUCCUUUCUUGCCUCCCGAGGGUUUUGCAGCUCAAUUUUGACUCCUGAGUCCAGCAAUGCUGCAUUUCCUUCUCACUUACUGUCCGCUAAGCCGGUGGUAUUAGAAGAGCGCAAGAUAGGACUUCUUCAAGACCUGAUGAUUCCCGUGACAAACUUUCAAAAUGAAGACAAAGGCUUUAUGGUCUUGGCUGGAGAUGUUUUUGACGUUCCAAUCAGGAAGGACAUCAUUCAUCGGGUUGUUAGAUGGCAGCUCGCAAAGAGACAGCAGGGAACACAUUCGACAAAAACAAUUAGUGAGGUUAGUGGAACAGGGAGAAAGCCAUGGAAUCAAAAAGGUACUGGCAGAGCAAGGCAUGGAACACUUCGUGGUCCUCAGUUCAGAGGUGGUGCAGCUAUGCAUGGCCCUAAACCGCGAAGUCAUGCUUUUAAGCUUAAUAAGAAAGUUCGUCGCUUGGGUUUGAAGAUUGCUCUUUCAGCUCGUGCUGCAGAAGGAAAGCUUCUGAUAUUUGAUAAUUUGGACGUCACUACACAUAAGACGAAGAACAUCGUGAAGUAUGUCAAUGGAAUGGAGAAUACUAAAAAACUACUUCUAGUUGAUGGUGGCCCCAUAGAUGAGAAGCUGAAGCUGGCCACGCAAAACCUUCAUUACGUCAAUGUUUUGCCUUCUAUAGGUUUGAACGUUUAUGACAUUCUUCUACAUGAUACUCUUGUGAUGUCUCGUGAUGCUGUAGAAAGAAUUGUUACCCGGAUGCACACUCCAAUCAGCCGCUGAGGCCGCAGUGCAUUUCUCCUGAAUUACAUAUGUUCCAACUUCAGUUUUAGAUCAGAUCAGCAAUAACCUUCAUUGAUAUUUCCGCCCUUUUGUUGUUUCCGUUAAAGUAUUUAUCACACUGGAGUUUGAAAUUUCCCUUGUACUGAUCGAAGGCACUGGAUAGUGAGUUUUGAAGCUGUAGUUUGUGGGGUUCGAAAAUAACAAAAAGAACUAUUCUUACCGGUGGAUUGUCAAUUUCUGCAAAUCUUUCUUUUACAUAUCAAAAUUAUUCUGUUUUGAUA